UGGGAGAGGCGUGGCGCCGGCGGCCGGGGCGUGCGUGGGCACAGAGACGCUGCGGCACUGAUGGCGGAAAUGGACCUGGGCGCCGAGUUCCCCCGGCCUGCGGGUGCUGCGCGCUGGGCCGAGGUUAUGGCUCGCUUUGCCGCCCGUCUGGGCGAGCAGGGACGGAGGGUGGUGUUGGUUACGUCAGGUGGCACCAAGGUUCCUCUGGAAGCGAGGCCCGUGCGCUUUCUAGACAACUUCAGCAGUGGACGGCGUGGUGCAGCCUCGGCGGAGGCCUUUCUGGCUGCAGGUUAUGGGGUCCUGUUCUUGUACCGUGCCCGCUCCGCCUUCCCCUAUGCCCAUCGCUUCCCGCCUCAGUCCUGGCUGUCAGCUCUGCGACCUUCUGGGCCAGCACAGUCAGGCAUGCUGAGCCUGGAAGCCGAGGAGAAUGCACUACCAGGCUUUGCUGAGGCUUUGCGGAGCUAUCAGGAAGCAGCGGCUGCCGGCACCUUCUUGGCCGUAGAGUUCACCACUUUGGCGGACUAUUUGCAUCUGCUUCAGGCUGCGGCUCAAGCACUCAACCCUCUAGGCCCUUCUGCGAUGUUUUACCUCGCUGCAGCCGUGUCAGAUUUCUAUGUUCCUGUCUCUGAAAUGCCUGAACACAAGAUCCAGUCAUCUGGGGGCCCACUGCAGAUAACCAUGAAGAUGGUGCCAAAAAUGCUUUCUCCUUUAGUUAAAGAUUGGGCUCCCAAAGCAUUUAUAAUUUCCUUUAAGUUGGAGACUGACCCCUCCAUCAUAAUUAGUCGUGCUCGGAACGCUUUGGAAGUUUAUCAGCAUCAAGUGGUGGUGGCUAAUAUCCUCGAGUCAUUACAGUCUUUUGUAGUUAUUAUAACCAAAGACUCAGAAACCAAGUUACUGCUAUCCGAGGAAGAAGUAGAAAAAGGCAUGGUGAUAGAACAGAAGAUAGUGGAUGAUCUUCAGUCUCGACACACAGCUUUUAUAUGUGACAAAAACUGAUCUGAAAAGAUCUUACAGGAUUGAAAAUUGUUCUGUGGACCAGAGCUUUUACAGAAUGCAAGAACUAAAAAACUCUUUGGUUUUGUAAAGACAGAGGGAAGGGUAAAAUUGAUGGUGUGCAGGCAGGUAUGGGUUGGUAUUUGUCUUAAUGACUGAACCACCCCAUAAAAUCACCUGAAUGUUACCUGGAUUUGGAAAUUGAACACUAGAACUAUAUCUCACCUUUAAGAGAAGUCUGAUGGGAAUUAUAUAUUUCACAAAAUAUAAUGGGGGCUAAAUGCUGAAUAUCAGCUUAAUUUACAGAAAGGAUUAUGGAUGCAUGAGUGCUCAUGCUUUGAAGAUGAAAUAUUUGGUGAGGGCCUACUGUGUUUCAGGCCCUCAGCUAAGUGAUGAGGAUUAAAAAGAUGAAUAAAUAUGUCUUGCUUGGGAAAUGGAUGUAUAAAAGUUAAAGUAUAAUAAAGUGUGUGCCCACAAAUGCACAGAAA